AUGAGCCAACAGGAAGCUAGUGGUAGUCAAAAGGAACAAGUUAAAUGGUCAGUUAAAUUGGAUUAUGCGUACAUCAAAGCAAUGAUUAAACAACAAGAGAUAUGCAAUAGGGUGAAUGGUAGUUUCACACCAACUGCAUAUGCUCAAAUGGUUGAGGAGUUGAACACAGAGCAUCAAAUGGAUAUUACCAAAAGUCAUUUAAAGAAUCGCUACAAAACCUUAAAAAAACAUUUUUCGCAAUGGUACGAUUUGUUUAGGGGAAUUUCGUUGAGCGAGUUCUCUUGGAAUUCAGCUACUCAACUAAUAGAAGCGGAGGAAGAAUCAAAACUUGAGGCUGCGUUGUUAAGGACAAAAAAGAUUGCAAACUUCGAUGAUAUGUUGGUAUUAUUUGCAAGGGAUAGCGCAUCUAGUGCACAUGCUGAAACGGCGAAAGAAAGAAAUGACCGAGUAAAUAAAAAUGAAAAAAUUCGAGUUGAAACAAUUAAAGAAGUUGACGACUUGUUAGCUAACAAUGAAAUUCAUUUGGAGAACGAAUAUGUUGAUCUUGAUGAUGACAUUCAGGGUGUUAUUCCAACUCCGUUUUCACAAGGGUAG